AACUUCCUUCCAAUCAUCAAAAACAAAAAACUAAUGAAAUGCCUUCGUUAAAUUAAAAUGGCCAAUAAAAAUAUUAGUAUGGUGUCCUGUAAAUACAAUUCAGUGAAGCUGCACGAAUGUUGAUAUGCAGAGUCUAAGUUCGAAUUUAGGAUUCUUCACUUCUCCACACUUACAUUAUAUUAGACUAGUUACUAGGCUACUUGAUAAAAAAUAGUAUAUUAUUAUAGUAUGCCUAUCAUAUAUGCUCUUCUUUUUUUAAGUUGUGCCUUGUAAUGUUAUCUUACCACUUCUUCUGCUUCUUAUGUUACUCCACACAAAAACUAUCUAGUUAUAUAUAGCCUUGCAUUUUGGCUUCUUGUGUAUGUGUUUUAGAAAUGGAGCAUCAAGAAACGAAAGGUGAGAUUUCUGAAAAAUUCACAUGGAAGAUUGAGAACUUUUCUCGCUUGAACGCCAAGGAGCUUUACUCUGAUCCUUUCAUCCUCGGCGGCUACCCAUGGAGGAUUCUUCUGUUUCCAAAAGGGAACGAUGUAGACAGUAGCUUAUCAAUCUAUUUUGAGGCUAUGCAAACUGCAAAUAUGUCUAAGGGAUGGAGCAGAGAUGUGAAAUUUAAGUUGCUUGUAUUUAAUCAGCUCGAUACGAACAUCACAGUUAUACGAGAAACUAACCAUGAGCUCAAUGCAAGUCAGAAUAACUGGGGUUUCCAUUCAUUCAUGAAUUUAGCUCAGCUUCAUGAUCCAAACAAAGGGUUUAUGGUGAAUGAUGCUUGUAUUGUUGGUGCGGAGGUUUUAGUUUGUAAUGUAACACAUGAGAAUCAAGUGAAUCAAGAAGCUAAGUUAACUGUUUCUCAAACCUCAGUUGAAAAAAAUAUGGAUUUCAAUAGUGUAAGACAAUUAGAAGAAAUAUAUUCUCAUAAUCCUUCACUUAUCAAGUCUCACCCAAAGAGGAGUCACGAGUUUACUGAACCAGCGUUUGCUGCAUUAGGGAAAGUUAUUCAUUUCCUUAAGACUAGAAAAGUGAAAGAUAUGAACGACCAAGCUUGUAAGGAUCUUCAAGUUUUAUGGGAUGAACUUGAGAAAUUUAAAUUUGAUCUCACUUGGCUCGAGCCACAUGUUCAACAUGCUUUAGGAAUGACAAAAUAUGUGGAGAAAGCUCUAGAGGUUAAAAGGCUGAAGAACAAUGUGGUAGAGCUAGUGCUAGAAACAGAGAGGUUGAAGGCAAAGUUACUUGCUGCUGAAACAAAUCUUGACAUAGAAAGAUGCUUGUUGAAAGGAAAAGGCUUUAAAGAAAUGGAUUUAGAUUCUGAAUUGGCGUGUGGGAGUUGGAGACCAUAGAGACCUAUGAGUCUAGUUAAAAUGAUCUUCCUAUGAAUCAUGUGAAUCAUGAAAAUGUGAAAUCUUUUUUCUUGCUUACAAACUUGUAAUGCUAAACACUUGUAUUGCUUUGUCAUUGCAUCUUUGUAAUAUCCCAAAAAAAAUAUAUUAUUAAUAAGUUAAGACAAUUUGCCCUA